AUGUCAACCGCGGAGCGGAGCUUGCUCAGCCCGCAACAGACAAAGGUAAAGUCUGAAUACAAGACACCAAGCAGGCGCAAGGACCCAAGCAUGCAGUCCCUCCUACAGCACGACCCAACGCCCAUGCAAGUCGAAGACAGGACACAUCCCGGGAAACCAAAGGACUCCAUUAAGGAACUGAUGCUUGAGUUGAGCCGCCUGACAGCGCAGGACGCGCAGGAGCAGCGGGAGGAAGAGCGCGACACGGAGCUCGAGAACAUUCUGGCGAAGGAACUGAAGAAGAAGGCAAAGAAGCACAAGAAGAAGGACAAGCAGGACAAGGCACGUCAUCACCACCACAACGCCAAGCUGCACAACACGUCGGUUGGCACGCCGCCCACAAUCGUGCUCUCGCUCAGCAACAUGACGGAGCGAUCACCCACGUCCAAGUCCAAACACAAGAGCAGCAAGAUCAAGUCACCCUCCAAGAAGCAGGUGGCUGUGGAGCUUUCACCAGGCAAGCACAAGAGCAAGAGCAAGAACAAACACAAGAAGGACAUGAGCGACGAGGCGCUUGCACUGGAGAAGGCAAAGUCUGAGAUUGCCGACCUGAAGAUGGCGCUUGCGCUCAUGAAGAGGGACAAACAGGCGCUUGAGCUGAAGCUCUCGUCCACAGGCGGCGAAAUUGAAGACCUCAAGACGGACCGGAACAUGCAAGAAGUGGAGGCCAGCAUGCUGAAGCAGCAGACCUACCGCAUGCAGGGUGAAAACCACACACUGAGCAGCAUGCUCAAGCACGAGCAGAACAAAGCUCGUCAUCUCCAGGAAGCAUUGGAUGCCGCUAACCGUGCGUUGGAGGAGCGUGACAACACCAUUCAGACCCUGCGCGAUGAUGUGAAGGCGGUGUCACAGCAGCACAACGACGUGGCCAAGAACAGCCAGGCCAAGGAGGGCGACUUGCGCAAAGUCAUCCGCCAACUUGAGAACAAGCUCGCCACAACGGAAGGGCAGCUGGUCGCGGAGAAGGAGAGGACGAAGAGCCUGGAAGCAGAGAACAAAGCGCUCAGGGCAGACGUGGAGAAACUCACCAAGCAAGUGGAGCAGCUCAAGGCCGAGAACGAGAAAUUGUCCAAGGCGAGAGAGCGUCGCUCCAUGGAAUUUCACCGUGAGGAGGAUCAACGCGUCAAGCUUGAGAAGGAGCUCAAGGAGACGAAGACUGAGCAGGCCCGCUUAAACCAGGCCCAUGAGGCCGAAACACAGAAAGCCAAGAAGGAGCUCGAUGCAGCCGCUGUGCGACAGAAGCACCUUGAACAAGAAGUGGCAAAGGCCAAUGACAAAACUGCAAAGUCUGCUGAGCAGCUCGAAGCGCUGCAUGCACUCGAUCGUCGAGAGCGCAAGAAACGCAAAGAAAAGGUCGACAAGGAAACCAAGAAGCGACAAGGCAUUCGGCCAAAGGACACCAUUGGUGAUUUGCUGCGCGACUUUGAGGAUCCGUUUGCCGUUUUUGACCGCCUGAUGGACUCACGCAUGCACGAGACGGAUGUUGACGAUGAUGAUGCUGAAGACUCGUCCAACGCAUCGAUGGAGGCACAGGAAGGGUCUGAUGCAAAGUGCCGUCCGAAGCUCGUGAUUCGGCGCACACGCUCCGGCACGUUGGUGCGGCAGGUGAUUGAAGCCAAGGAUGACGAUGAGAAGGACAAGCAGAAGGACAAGAAGAAGCGCAAGGAGGACAAGAAGCGCGCCGAGCGAGCGGCGAAGCAGCAAGCGGCAGCGUUCAAGGAGGCGUGCCGACUUCAUGAGGAAGAGCUUGCCAGGCUUGUGGCUGCAGAACUGCCCAGCCCUCCGCGCGAGUCGCCACAGCUCCUGCGCCAGGCACUGUUCCGCUCACUGCAGAGGCGCGGGGAGAAGGCAUCGUGCUCCAAGUGCCACCGCAACGACAACACGGGCCGCUUCGUGUUUGCGGCGAUUGACUCGUCCUGCAUGAGCGAGAGCGAAGGCGAUGCAAACUCGACCACCUCCACGGCGUGCUCUGGCCCGUGCAAGCUGGUCUCCUUCUACCUCGACAACUUGAAGAAGGACAAGGAUGAGUCUGAUGACGAUUCGUCGGAGUCGCAGGCCGAUACGUCCACGCUCGACGACUUCAACUUGACUGUGUGCAGCGACCUGUUCUGCAGCAACUGCUACGACCAGGUGCACGAGGAGGAGUUUGUGAAGGACCGCCUGGCCAAUGAGUUUGUGUUUACGACGCGAAACGGCAAGCUGGAGCUCAUGAGCCGCGCAGACUUGCUCAAGGCAGCAAAAGAGGAAAAGAAGAAGACGGAGAGGGAGAAGAAGAAGAAAGAGAAGGCGAAGAAGAAGAAGAAGAAGAAGAAGAAGGACAAGCACAAGGAUGACGAUGAGGAGGAGGAUGACGACGCGGACAAGUGGAACGCCUCCAUCAUCAUCGACGGACACGAAUACAAGAUUGUGGACGAGUCACGCGCGGAUGCCAAGGAGGACAAGAAGAAGAAAAAGAAAAAGAAGAAGAAGAAGAAGGACAAGAAGGCCAAGAACGCAUCCAAGCAUGGAGACAAGGACAAGCCACUCACGCUCGAAGAACAGCUAAUGGUCUUGUGCGGACACCAAGGUGGCGAUGACAGUGACGACAGCAGCAGUAGCAGUAGCGAUUCAGACAGCGAUGCCGAUGACGAUGACGGCGGAGAUGAAGUGACAGUGAAGAUUGACUCUGAUGGGCACAUCCGCAUUGUGCCGCUGAAGAAGGACAAGGAGGAGAAGGAAAAGGCGAAGAAGAAGAAGAAGAAGGGAAAGGAGAAGGAGCCCCGCACGUUUGAAGAGCUGUUUCAGCUGCACAUGGAGCGUGAGAAGAAGCGACGUGAGAAGGAGCGCAAGGCGAAAAAGCACGUGGCUGCCGAGCAGAAGAAGAAGGAAGAAGAGGAACGACGCAGACUGCGGAAUGGGCUGGUGUUUCAGAUGAUCUGUGGCGAGAACGGCAAUAUCUGUGAUGUCGUGGAUGGUGAGGAUGAUAAGAAGAAGAAGAAGAAGGGCAAGAAGCCCAAGAAGAAGAGCAAGAAGCACAAGGACAAGGAUGAUGAGAAGAGCGACAAGAAGAAGCAAGGCGGCGAUGGGGAUGACGAUGCUGCGGGGUUUCUUGGCUUCUCGCCGGGGCGGGUGUUUGCCAUGCCCAUGCCCGGUGAAGACGGCAAGCCGCUGCCACCAGGAUCAGCGCGCGAGCUCAUCUUUGUGAGCGAGGACGACUACGUGCCGCCACUUGCAGAUGUGGAGAUCUUUGAGUCGCCCGUGAAGAAACAGCAGGCCGUUGUGCUGCUGGACGAGGAGAAGCUCACGCCAGCGCUGUACGUGUACACACCCUCGCAGACGGCUGAUGACCGCGGGAAGCUGCGGCUGGUGAAGCUGGGACCUGCUCGUGGAGGCAAGAUGGCUUUUCGUCUCAUCAUGAACAGCAACAACAAUGACGACGAUGACAACGACGAGGGAGACAAGAAGAAGAAAAGAGGCAAGAAGAAGUCCAAGAAGAGCAAGAAGAAGUCCAAGAAGAGCAAGAAGAAGGACAGCGAGGAAGAAGCGCGGGCUGUGCAGAAGGGCACCGAGCUGUUCACGGUGAAGAUUGGCGACAAGAAGUGGGUGCUGGAAUCCUUGCCCACAGACGACAAGGGCGACGGUGAUGGCUCGGAUGAUGACGGCAAACCGGGUGACGGCUGUCCGUUUGUUGGGCGAAAAACUCCUCUGCGCGACAUCGUUGAGUUUGACGGGCGCUUUCCACCGCAGAUCACGCUAGACCGCGAGGCUGAGGACUAUCUUGCGUCACGCAUCCACCACCUGCUUGACUCGUACCGUCGCGCGCUGGAGAAAGAGCAGCAAGAACGCGAGGCGGCUGCAGCAGAGGAGCGUGCGAAGGAAAAGCGCCGCCGCCGCCGCCGUCGUCGUCGUCGUCAGAAGCGCAAGGCCGCAGACAAGGCGCGCCCCGCCACGCUGUACGACAUUCUCAAGCUGUACUUUCCUGAACUUCGCUCGGAUGGUGACGAUGGUGAUUCGGAGAGCGCCAACAGCAGCUCCACGGGCUCCUCUGGCAGCACUUCCAGCGGGGAUAGCAGCGACACUGAGCACUGCUGCAUGUGUGACUGCCAUGAGGAGGACGAUGACGAUGAGUCGUCUUCCUCCUCGUCUUCUUCGUCAAGCGGCAGUGAGAGCAGCAGCAGCGACAGUGAUGACAGUGAUGACAGUGAUGAUUCUGAGGAGUCUGAGAGCAGUGCGCGGGGUGGGUUCCUGUUGAAUGGUGGCUUCCGCAUGCUGCUUGCGGAGACGUUGCGUGACCGCAACCGCUGCUGGCGCUGCAAGCGUCUCAAGUAUGCAGCAUGGCUUGCUGCUCAGAGGCGCAAGCAGAAGGAGGAGGAAGAGGCAAAGCUUGCCGAGGAGAAGCGACGACGCAAGCGGCAGCGUGUGUACUUGAGCAACGGUCACGGCGUGACGCUCCGCCUUCGCACGGCCUCUGACGAUGGUGAACCAACAACGGAUGAGGAGGCAGAGGCCAAGGCCAAGGCCGAAGCUGAGGCGAAGGAGAAGAGGAAGAAGAAGAAGAAGAAGAAGAUGCACAGGAAGAUGCACCACAACUGCAGAUGUAGGCACAAGUGCAAGUGCGAGCACCCGACGUGCAAGUGCCACCACCGCUGUCUGUGUGGGUUUGACUUCUCGCAUGCCUCGUUCUCGUGUGAGAAGUUUGAUCCUGAGGACGCCAAGAUGGUGGACGUGCACGGCGAAGGUGGCAGCGUUGCUGAUGCAGGCGACAACAACAAGAGCGAUGCAAACGCCAGCACACACAAUGGCGACGGUGACAAGGAUGGCCAUGGUGAGAGCGAGGCUGCUGCCACCUCUCGCCGACCAAGUGCGUCGCACCAGCACGAUCAGCACACAUCGCACGCCACACCAAGCAAGCAGAUGCUUCUGAUUGACGACAAAGACCUGCAGACGGGGGCGGUUGAGGGUGAUCCCCUCGGUGAAGAUGCACGGGGCAAUGUCUCUCACACCCGAAGUGUCCGGGACACUGGCGUGAGUCCAAUGCCUUCGCAGGGCCGCGGCGGUGGAGCGACGACGCCCAUGUCCACUCGCAGCCAUGCUCACAGCCACGCCCCCAGCCACGCUCACAGCCAUGCCCCUAGCCAUGCCCCUAGCCAUGCCCCCAGUCAUGCUCCCAGUCACAUUGCUGUACCUCAGCCAUACCAUCCACCUCAUGCAUUUGCGGCCCCUCAGCAGCAGCAGCAGCAGCAGCAGCAGCAGCAGCAGCAGCAACACUACCCGCAGCAACACCAGCAACACUAUCAGCAACAGCAACAGCAGCCGCAGCAAUAUUACCAAACAGCUCCACAACCACAGCACCAACACCAGCACCAGCAGUACAAUGCCGGUGCAUUUGCACCAACGGGCAUGUAUCCCCCGGCACCGCAGCACGGGCAUGGCGCCUCAAACUUAACGUCGCCACAAUCACACCUUGCGCACCCACCAGUGACAACGCAACAGCCCGUGGCAAUGUAUCCGCCCAGCAAUCCUGCUGACCAGCAGGCACCACAGCACAGCCCGCUGCAACCGCGCUCGCACCAGCCUUCACCACGCUCCGUCGCCAGUCGCCACAUGGCGUCCACACACGGCAGCGUCGCUGGCAGUGCUGAGGUGGAGGAGAACGAGUAUGCCGUGGUCGCUGGGCCACCCACCAUUGUCGAUGCGCAUCGUGCGGACGAGGAGUUUGCAGCGCAGCCGCUGCCUGAGGGCGACCAGGUCGUGGACAUGACGGACCGCCUGCAUCCAGAUUCUGCCGCUGACCACUAUCACCACCACCACCACCACCACCAUCACGGCCACCGCCCGCGAAGCAGGCUGAGCCGCCAAGCCAGCCGCAGCCGUCAUGCGAGCCGGAGUCGAAGCCGAAGCCGAAGCCGAAGCCGGGCACCAACAGCAGCGACAGCAAGCCGCGCCGUCAGCACCCACGAGCCGACGACAAUGUCAGCAGCAGAAGCAGCAGCGCAUGGUGCCACGGCGAACACGACGCCCACGCGCACGCCACGCCGCCGCCGCCGGGAGAUUGUGGAGGCGUUUCCCGACCAGGGCACCGGCUCUGGCCGCGUGCGCUCUAGCUCCAACAUUCGCCGGGAGACUGAUGACCACGUGUCAGUUCGCAGCGGAGCGUCGCAGCGCCAGGGCACGCGUGUGGCCAGCGCAGUGCCCACACGGGACGUGACGCCGCACAGCCGCCCGCCACCGAGCCCAGCGCACUCUGCACGGCCGUUCAGCGGGGUACGCCGCUCCCCAUCGCGCGUGCGCACGCCGACAUCGCAAACGGCGGUGAACGUUCAAACCUUGCUGGAUGAUGUUGAUGGCGCCGACGGUGCUGAUGAGAACGAACAUGUUCGCAUGCGCCAGCGUUCGCGCUCGCGGUCCCGUGCACGCUCGCGCUCACCAGCAUACCACGGGCACCCAUCCGUGCAUCUGCCGCCCCCACCGUCCCAGCGUCCGCCGUCAUCUCACCGCGUGUCGCGAGUCUCUGACCGCCCAGACUCUGCGUGGCAGGACGAAGUGCCACGGCUUCGCCAGUCGGUCGAUCCAACCCGGGCCACGGACACGGACGAUAACCGCAGCUCGCGCGGGCUGCUUGAGCUGAACAGAGAGCGGUUGCACCACGUGCACCGGGAUUCCAUCCAGAGCUACGCCACGCCGAAGGGCCGCACUCCCAUGCGCACACCCCACGCCGUGACAAGUGCGAACGUGCCGCAGCGUCGUCGCCACCGCCACCCCGACAACGGCGACAAUGAUGGGCAUGGCGCCGCGGACCAGCAUGUGCGCUCACGUCGCAACAGCACAAGCAGUAGCAGCAGUAACAGCAGCAGUAGCAAUGACGAUGGCAGCGACGGCAACUCGUCUGACUCGGAUGUGGCGCGGAGCAGCCGGCGCCGGCGGUUUGAAGGGCGCGUGAAGGCCAGCAGCGGCAGUGGUGGGGCGUCCUCUGGCCAACGGAGCGGGGGUGGUGAUGCGCAGAGUGUUGCCUCAUCCCACCGCAGCCACCGCAGCCACCGCAGCCGCGCUCGGCACACGCAGCACGAAGGCGGGCAGGAUGAGGUGCAGGAGUACCUCCGACAGGGGCUGAAUCGCAUGGGCACGCGUGGGUCUGCUGUUGAAGCCACGCUUGCCUACGAUCGUGAUCUGGAGAUUGCAGCCGACCUUGCUGCGCUGCCGCCACCGCCAUCGUCGAUGUUGCAUGGCACACCGGACCACGUUGACGACCGACGGGGAGCCACGGGUCAAAUGCGUGGUGGCCCUGGCAGCGGUGUGCAGGGAUCACCAACGUCGCUGUACGAGCUCGCUGACUACCAUCGCCGUGCUGACGACGACGAUGAUGUCGAGGAUGACGAUGACGACGACGGCGAAUACGACGACGACGAUUACGUCGAUGACGGUGAUGCCAUGAACCACGCUGGGUAUGCUCGCUCAUCAUCUGGUCACGUCCACCGUCGUGGACAUCAUCACGAUCGGACCAAGCACCGCACCACCUCAGGCACCAGUGCACAUCGUCGGAAGGCUGAUUCGUCGCAGUCGCUGCUGACGACUGAUCACGACGACAGCCAGGCCUCGGAGAACUGAGCAAUUCACAUGUGCCUUGCGCCUGACUUUGAGAACUUGCUGUAUUGUAUUGUUUGACCAGACAGAAGAUGUGUUUUGAUGCGCUGAUGUUGUAUGGAUGUGUGUGUGUGUGUGUUCGAUCAGAAGAGCUUCCCUUCGCAUGCUGUUAGAUUUCACCUGUGCCGCGCGCUAUUUGCUGUAUGUGUGUGUAUUGUUGAUGUGCGAGAUUUUAACCUAUGCUCACGUGACACGUGAUGACAUAACUUAUCUGCUUUCCUUUUUCUUCUCUGGUUGUUUGGUUGUGGCACAUCGCGGUGUCUCGAUGCACCUUGCAAGCAGCGUGCAUUGCUUGCGUGCGUGCAUGUUGCACCAUAAAACCGCUGACAACAUGA